CGUUCUCUCCAGAUCAAGAAUCCCCAUCAAAUGCCAGGCCUGACUCCCGACCAGCUCGCUGCCUUCAACCGCGACGGCUUCCUCGUCAUCCCUGGGGCUCUAUCCCCCUCUACGUGCGAUGAGUUACGCGCCAAAGCAGGCGAGUACGUGGCACAGUGCGACGUGAACGAGCAUCGCUCCAUCUUCACGACCAACGAGCAAACCCGCCGCAUGAAUGACGAGUAUUUCCUCGAGUCUGGCGACAAGAUCCGCUACUUCUUCGAGGAACACGCCUUUCAAGAAGACCAGAAGACACUGGCAGUGCCACUGGAUGUAGCCAUCAACAAGAUCGGCCACAAUUUGCACAACCUCGACCCGGUGUUUGAAAAGGUCAGCUACGCAUCCGAAGUCCAGGACAUUCUCAAGUCUCUACAGUAUGUGCGUCCAAUGGCAGUGCAAUCCAUGUACAUCUUUAAACAGCCGGGGAUUGGAGGGGAAGUGAAACCUCAUCAGGAUGGCAGCUACUUGUACACGGAGCCUCAGUCUGUGGUGGGAUUCUGGUGGGCUCUGGAGGACUGUACGCUUGAGAACGGAUGUCUGCAUGGGAUUCCAGGCUCCCACUUGACAGUGCCGGUACGUCAGAGGCUGAGACGUACAACCAAGGAGCAGCAGGAGAAAAAUGGAGGCUUAUUGCUGGAGAAUGUGCCCGAGAAAGUGGAUCCUUUUGACAUCAGCAAGAGCCAGCCACUGCUCACGAAGAAAGGAGACCUCGUGUUGCUGCACAGCUCCUUCGUGCACUACAGCGAGGCCAAUACAUCGCCCUCUUCGCGCCACGCGUACUCGAUUCACGUGGUUGAAAGCCACAAUGUGGACUAUCCUGCAGAUAACUGGCUGCAAACGACUGGAAACGUGCCGUUCAAGCCAAUUUACGAGACUUGAGUGUGCAAAGAGAGACUCCGUAUCAAGAGGAAAGGAGGAAACUGAGAUACAGUUAUCAAGUUUGCUUUUAAUUGAGCAUGCCACCAAGAACCUUCGAGUAUCUAUACUCACGUGUGGGAGUUCUGAUGCUACUUUGAUUGUAGGAAUGCUGCAGCUCCGCCCAGCACCUUAACGACGUCGUCGACGUGCGUCUGGAUAUCCUCAGCGCUGUCAUGGAAUGCAAUUCCAUCAGCCAGACCGGGGAAGGCUGUGCCGCCGUAGCCAUCGUAGAAUCCCGGGCCGAACACGACGUGCUUGUACCAGCUGCGAUGUGGCAGUCCUGCCUCCAUAGUGAGAUGGCGUUCCAAGUACAUGAGUUUAUUAUUCCAAUAGCUGAGAUCGUCGCCAGACUUUAAAGACGCCAGGUUUUCGUGAAAUUCCUGAGCGCUUGCAUCAAAAUUGUCAACAGCGCGUCGUAGCUCUCCCAAGUCAACUUUAUCAACGCCAAGAUAGCGUUCCGCUGCCACUUUAAGUUGCUCUUCGAACGACGCAACCGCUUCGCUCAUCACAAGGCCAUACGUCGAGAACUCGAACGGAAGUACCGCGUUAUCAGCCAAACGCAGAGCUAACAACCCCCACCAACGUCCUGUCGUCACGUGCGAGAUAUAGUCUGGAUCUGCGAACAGCUCCGAGUACAUGAUACUAUCCAUUGUGCUGUGGUAAGUACCGUAAGCACCAGACAGACUAAACCCAAUAUUUGCAGACACGACACCCAAAUGGUGACAGAAGGCACCAAAAUCACUUGCUGUUCCUAACACCGUCAAAAGAUGAUCUGGCCCAAUAGUUCCCGAUGUAGCGUUGCUUCGACGAUAGCUUUCAGUUUGUGCGAGCCAUUGAUGAUAAAGAGUCUUCUGCUCAACUGAAACUCCGCCAAAGUCAUUGGCAGGGAUAGCGUUCGCAGUCUGGAAGAGAAGUUUGGCAAUAGAAGGCGAGCCUCCAGCUCCGGCUAGUGGACCCAGCGUGGUAUCGACGUUAAGAUACGCGAUGACCUUAGCUCUCAACUUGUCGGCGUUCUCUUCGACAUAUUCUGUACUGCCUAGCAGUCCUUGCUCCUCAGCAUCCCAAGACGCAAGAACAAUCGUGCGCUUG